CCCGCUGGUUUGGUGUUUUUUUCUCCUGCCUCCCCCGUGAACUUCAUUGUAUUUUUUUUUAUUAUUACUUUAAUUGUGCUGGAAUUUCCCUGGAUGGUCUGAGCACAGCUCCAUGCCCCCACGGCCAUGCCCGGCUCCGCUCCCGGCACGCUGCCAUGUUCCUCUGAGUGAGCCCCGCGGGCCCUGAGCAGCCGCCGCCGCCGAGGACGGAACAUGUAUCAGGGUCUGGCCCUCACCCCCAACCAUGGCCAGUCGGCUUAUUCCCACGACUCCAGCAACUUCCUCCACUCGUCGGCCGGCUCGCCCGUCUACGUGCCCACCACGCGGGUGCCCUCCGUGCUGCAGACGCUGCCCUACCUGCAAGGCUGCGAGCCGCACCAGAGCCACCUGGGCAACGCCCCGGGCUGGGGGCAGAGCGGCGGCGAGGCCGCGGCUUUCAACGCGGGCAGCCCCCACCCGCCCUCGGGCUUCUCGUACUCGCACAGCCCGCCGGGCAGCAGCCCCUCGGGCCGCGACGGCGCCUACCAGGGGCCCCUGCUGCUGGGCGGCGGGGGCCGGGAGCAGUACGGCAACGCCUUGGUGCGCUCCGUUAACGGGUCCUACUCCAGCCCCUACCCCGCCUACGUGACCCCCGAGAUACCGCCUUCCUGGACGGCCGGACACUUUGAGAGCAGCGUGCUGCACAGCCUGCAAACCAGGCAGGCGGCCUUGCCCGGCCGCAGGUCCACUUUCGAGUACCUGGAGGAGUUCCCCGGGGACGGCCGGGAAUGCGUCAACUGCGGAGCCAUGUCCACCCCGCUCUGGAGGAAGGACGGCACCGGGCACUACCUGUGCAACGCCUGCGGGCUCUACCACAAAAUGAACGGCAUCAACCGGCCGCUCAAGCCGCAGAAGAGGCUGUCUUCCUCGAGACGUGCUGGCCUUUGUUGCACUAACUGCCACACCACCAACACCACGCUGUGGAGGAGGAACGCCGAGGGCGAGCCCGUCUGCAACGCCUGCGGCUUGUACAUGAAGCUCCACGGGGUACCACGACCUCUGGCCAUGAAAAAGGAAAGCAUCCAGACGAGGAAAAGGAAGCCUAAAAACAUUACCAAAGGCAAAGCCUCCACAGGAUCCACGACUUCGGCCACGAACUCCCCUUCUUCCAUCACCACCUCAGACAGCACGGUCACUUUAAAGUCAGAGCCCAGCACAACCUCACAGUACCCUGGACAAACCAUCGUGUCGGUGUCCCAGGCACAGAGCCAGUCAGACGAGGCGCUGCCCGGCGAGUUCAAGUUCGAGCCCGAGGACUACAGCUUCUCCGGGGGCAGCAUGGCCCCGCAGCCCGGGCUGAGCGUGCCCCUCCGGCAGGACUCCUGGUGUGCCCUGGCGCUGGCCUAGGAGCCACCAGCACCCACAGAGAGCCUCGGGACCAACCUUUGUGGCUGUGUGAUGGGCAGGAGAACAGGCUGCCCCAGCGCCCCGACCGCGGAGCAUCGAGCACAGCCACCGGACAGGAUUCUCUUGGAGGAUGCCCUUGGGAAACGCCAGCUGGAUGGGCCUGGGAUGGCCCCACUGGGGCACCAGGUCCCCAAAAACUCAUCCUUCCCCUAGGCCGAAGCCUCUGUUUUCCUGGGGAAAGCCUUCCUCCUCUGAGAUGAAACCAGCAAAUAAAUGCAUCCCAGAAUCUCUUUAUUCGCAGUGAUUUCU